GAGAGCAGACUGGCUGGUUGGACCGGUGCGUUUCCAAUACAACACUGCAUCGUUGUUUCAGAGCAGAGAGAAGGCAGAUUAUAACACAGGUACCUACUGGUGUUCGCAGAUAGAGGCAGAAAUGUUGGUCAAAUUUGCAAUAGCGCUGUUGGUUUUGUCAGUUUUGGAGCAAGUGGUGGGAUUGGAUAAUAUCGAUGUUCAUGACAACCCGUCAGAGAAACCGGCCAGCCAGAAAGGACGUAUGUCUCUGCAGAACACAGCUGAGAUCCAGCACUGUCUGGUGAGUGCAGGAGACGUGGGCUGUGGUGUGUUUGAGUGUUUUGAGAACAACUCUUGUGAGAUCAGAGGCCUGCAGGAGAUCUGUCUGACCUUCCUACACAACGCUGGAAAGUUUGAUUCCCAGGGUAAGUCGUUCAUCAAGGAUGCUCUGAAGUGCAUGGCCCACGGCCUGAGACACAAGUUCAGCUGCAUCAGCAGGAAGUGCCUGGCCAUUAAAGAGAUGGUGUUCCAGCUGCAGAGAGAGUGCUACCUCAGACACAAUCUGUGUUCUGCAGCCAAGGAGAACGUUGCUGUCAUGGUGGAGAUGAUCCACUUCCAGGACCUCUUCCCUAAAGGGCCAUAUGUGGAGCUGGUUAACAUCCUACUGAGCUGUGGGGAGGAGGUGAAGGAGGCCUUAACGAGGAGCGUCCGGCUGCAGUGUGAGCAGAACUGGGGGGCUCUCUGUGACAGCCUGAGUGUCUGCUCUUCCCUCACCCCCCCUCCCGGUCAGUCCCCCGCCUCCCCCGACCACCGCCGCCACGGGUCCCCCCACUCUGAGCCAGACCACCCCCGACCCCCCCGACAGGGGGACAAGGACAAGUCCAGUAAAGGAGGCUUCAAUGUCCACCCCCGCAGCCGCAGCCAGGGUCCCCGCCGACAGAGCCCCGAGGCUGGGGUGGUGGCGGAGCAGGAAGACCCUGAGGCCACAGACAUCCGGAGGUGA